AUGGGACGGAAUUCCAGUAAUCGGAAUGUUGCGCAGAUAAUGAUGGACGCUCCCCCUUGUGGAUGUGUCAAAUUAAUGAACGGAAAGAAGAAACGUUGCAAGAAGCACAGACAAGAACGUAGAGCAAAGAAAAAGGCAAAGAAACAGAAGCAAAAGAUGGUGAAGGACGAUGACAGCGAUAGAAAGAAGGUGGUGGAACUUCGCCACGCAGCUGAUUCUGAAACCGAUGAAGAUAAAGCUAUUGAUGGAGCUAUCACACCUGACAAAGUUGCGGUUGUGGGUCCCGCUGGUGUAGCUGUCUUGAUAGAAAUUGAAAAAGUGGAAGGUGCCGAGAUUGGUCCUAAGAAGAAAAUCGACAAACCAAUGAAAGGAAUACUCGUCAAAGGAGCUCACGAAACACCACAAUUCAUUCCGGAAGAGAAGAUAGAAAAAGGAGCGGAUGGCCAGCCAAAAUGGAGAAACUACACCAGGGGUACGCUCGUCAAAGGUGCUCAUGGAGAGUCAAUCUUCUACGCGGACAAGCAGUGUCAGCCAGAUACCAAGGGUAACCCACAGAAUGUAACCGUUACUGGAGUUGACAAGACGCUACAGUCAAAGAUUGGAGAUACAGGUCUGUCCACAUGCGAAGUGGAGGUGAACGGAAAAAGGCAUCCAGUGCCUGAUACAAUAUCACAACGCUCAAACCGUUCCUUAAGCGACAAACAUGCAACUGUUGGUGUGCUGGUGAAGAAUCAAGAAGGUGUCGUAGUACUGGCCCAGACAGGAGGACAAACGGUCGGCGCCCGAGAUAAUGCCGAAUGUGUUCCGACCACACCGAACGAUAAAGUGGCUCCAGGAUGUGUGAUAGGUAAAGUGGUCGAAGAGAAAAACACCGGUAGACAGAUGGUGGUGCACUCCAGCGCAGUACCAGGUGCUAAUCAGAAAGUCGUCGGUACGGUCGUACAGGGUAACUACUGCGAACCUGUGUUUGUUAAAGAGGUGUGGGCUACAACCGUCGUCACCACCACCAGUCUUCCAGCAGUUGCAAAGUGCGAUACCUAA